AGUCGGCGGCGCGACGCUUCCCCGGUCGGCCGCUGUCUCGAGCGCUCCCGCACCGCCGCUGCCACGCGCUGCGUCCCACGCUCUCGCUUGCGACCCGGUGACUAGAAGUGGUAGAGGGCCGAUAGGUGACAGAGUGACAGUGGGAACUUUGAGACUGGUGCGUGAACUGUGAGGUUACGAGAAUUUGAGGACACUCGGGGAUCGUUCGACCCCGUGCGCAGACAUGUUUAACCCACACAGUCUGAACGGGGACCGUCUGGAGCGGUACCACGACCUGCACCUGCGCGGUAAGUACCCUCUGGGGGCACGCGCCUCGCUCCCCAUGGACCUAUCGGCCAUGAAGACCUCCACGUGGACCUACAAGCCGGCGAUGCCGCUGCAGACUAUGGUUCCUCACCAUCAGCCGGCGCCGGAGAAGCAGAUGAGGUUCCGCCCGGAGAAGGCUCACCGUCGUCCUGUGCAGCGUCUGCAGUGGAGGAAGAGCAAGUGGCAAGGUGACGCAGACGAGCCGAGCAGCUACCUGGACCUCAACCGCAUCAGCUCGAUGACUAUUGCUGAUGUGAGUCCCAAGUUUGCGGUGAAGCGCAUCCUGCAGAUGUACGAGAACCAGCAGUACCGUGAGGCCGCUAACUUUGUCAACCGCCUGAGUCACGGCACGUUCAAGGUGAUCCUGACCGACCUGCCCGUGGAUGUGUUCAUCGAGUCCAUGCCCGACAGUCUGCCGAUCCUGGAGGCGCUGUACGCCAAGGUGUUCCUCUCCGACGGGCUCAACUUCUCCGUCAAGACGCUGAAGCCAGACGUCGUCGUGAUGCAGAUGGUCAAGUUCUUCGCUCAGCAAGAGGACAGCUUGACGGGCAACAUCAAGUGGGAGCAGUGCGGCCCGUUCAUCGCCUCCUGCAAGAAACUGCUCAAGGUCAUCGUCCACACCGAUCCCAAGAUCAAGAAGAUGCUUGUUGGCAGACGUAAGGCACUGGACAAGGCGAUCGAAGGAAUGGGUCACCACGGCAUGGUGGGUACGUCGGACGGAUCGCUGAUGAACCUGCACGACGCACUGAAACUCGAGUUCAAGAAGGUGGUGACUUCUUACAAGGCGGCGCUGGAGAAGCUAGAGGAGCUGAGUCUGUCCACGUCCUCAAAACAGACCAUCAGUCGCAGCAUCAGCCACGGCCCGGCCCCGAUCCAGGUCUCACACCAACGGCAGCUCAGCAUUACUCAGCAGGAGAUCCAGGAGCGGCUCAUCAAAAACAAGACGAUCCUGAACGUGGUGGAGCCGAUCUUGGGCAAUCACAGCCUGGACGUCUUCCUGGGCAUCCUGCAGAGACGCAUCGACCACGACAAGGACUGUCUGUUCCACUUCACGCAGCUGAAGAAGGAGGUGAAGGACAUGCAGGACGCCACGGUGGUCGUCCCGAUCCUGAUGCGCUACGGCAACGGCAUCGAUCAGGUGCUGAAGCUGAUGAGGGACGUCUCCGGAGACCAGGAGGAGAGCGAUGGCAGCGACAUCUCCGGCUACCACUCGGACUCCGACUCCGCCAUCAUGACGUCAGGAAACUCACCCUACGUCAGCAAGUCGGCUAGAUACAACUUCCUCUACAGAUCAGUUCGCGCCACUCCCGCCCAGUUCCGCGGCGGCAUCCCGGCCUUCUCGGCCGCCUCCUCAGCCUCGGGAGCCAGCCUACCGACCAGCAGCCCUGCCGUUUCCGAUACAGCCUCUGUGGGAGACAAGUCCACCGGAGACGACACGUCUCCGCAGCUGGAGACAAAGGCCAGCCGGCCCAGGAAGCGCAAGGAAGUCGAAAAGCGCGCCUCCAAUUCUAGUGCGGACUCUCUGGUCUCGGAGCCGGAGACGGCGUGCUCCAAAGGUCACGUGCUGCCGCUGUCCGGUGACCCGUCCACGCUGCGUCGAAGGGAGAUCAGUCAGCUGUGCCGCCAGGUGGAGUCUCUCCAGGGCGAGGUGCGCUCCGCCCAGCUCACCAUCAGCCGCUGCAACGAGCGCGAGAGGCAGCUGAAACACAAAUUAUCUGAACACCAGCGCUCGGAGCCGCAGCACCAGCCCCUCUCCCGGACAGAAAAUGUCACCUGUAUCGACAUCGAUAACCGGUCAGCAGGCCUGAUCCGCCGGUUCGGGGCACUCUACUCACACGGGAGAGCCGAGGCCAUGGCUGCCCUGGACGCGCUGCCCGAGCUCAGGAACUCAGAGGAACUCAAGUCCAAACUGCUCUUCAGCGUGGUGGUGCUGGCGUUCCGCUCGGUGACCUCGGGUCAGCAGGCGGUGAGGGAGGUGGUCCGACGUCAGCUACAGAUUCCGCCGCCCCCUCCAGCCUCCCACCCUCAGCCGCCGGGCAGAGGAGACCCGACGGCUAGCGAGCGGAGCAACCAGCUCGAGCGUACCAUCACUACCUUCCUCCAGCAGACGGUCGACACGUACGACCUCUCCAACAACGUGGAGGAGGUAUGCAGUCAGAUCUGGGCCACCCUGUACGACUACCCGUCCCUGCGCACUACUGAGGGACUGCUCAGCUAUGUGAAGGAGAGUGUACGACUGGCCUGGGGACUGAUCAACCAGACGCCGCCAUGCCGUAUCGAGUACGAGGUGCGUCAGUUCAGCAGCGACCUGCACGUGCGGCACCAGGCCUCCGACGCCGGCCAGAGUGUCGUGCAGACCUACGUGUGGCCGGCACUGAUGGAGGAGUCGCUCUGCGUCCAGAAGGCGGUCGUCAUAACGUGAUGACAGUCAGAGUGGCACGGUCGGUCAGGCAGAGAGCGGCCGUGGAGAUACCACCUGGCGUCGGGAAAUGUAACUACAAGUUCGGCGGCGGCGGCUGCUCGCAGAGGGCGCUGCCGUCGCCGCUGCCUGGCGGACGGGACCGGACUGCGGACUCUCCGCCAUCUGAAGGCGGGCCGAGGACAGCCUGUCGACUACCGCUUCAACCGCAGGAAGCCACCUGCGGCUUAGAGGACCUCUGAACCAACUACCGUGCUCUCGCUGGCGUCUCAGAACAAACUUCUUCGCCUGACUUGUGACCGGCGUCUUUACUGAAGCAGCUCCGGCGUUGAAAGCUUUACAACGCCGAGAAAAGCAAUUUUGUCAUGUAAAUACGAUGCUUUUGUACAGCUUAUUUGUGAAUACUCCUGUGUAAAUAGCAGACCUGUUUUUAGCGUGUUAUGCGAUUGUUAUCCUGUUUGUUAGCUGUGUGAAUUGCACCCACUCGCGUACGCUGUUUGUGGGGCACCGUCGCACCCCGCCCCGCGACCGUCGCUCGCCGGGCGGGCGUGCGCUGCCCCAGGGUGACACAGCCGGGUCGGCCGCCGACCCCCGGGCUCGCUGUACGAUCCGCCCGGUCACACCCGAGACCAGACGUCCGGGAACUUCUGGAACGUGACGUGACGUUCGACUGAACCUUCCGUGCCAUCGACGACCGGUGCUUCCGAGUGUGCUCCUGUGAAUGUUUUCGUGUCGAAUGGUGAUGCGCGUGUUGACCAAAUGGGAUGAAGUUUUUAAAAUACCAUUGACUACGGUUAACAAUAACGGAUGGUGUUCCGUAGACCGCACGAACAUAAUGUGUUACCUAUAUGUUAGUUGCCGGGCGUUAUUGAAUGGGACGGAUCGCAAUGUAAAUAAUAUGGCAAGUUUGCACAUUUAUACGAUUCCAGUAUGCAACCAGGCUCGAUUACGCAAACAAUUGUUGCGAAUAAGUUAUAUUGUGCGUGUGUGGGAUGCUGCACUAUUUUCCGGGGGCGUUUUCUGUGCUCGCUAAGGCCCUGUCGUGUUACGUGUUUAUAAUAUGUAUCCGGUAUAACCAUCCGCUAACAAAGCACAUCUGUCCAGUAGUGGCGAUACCCGCUGUGGGGAGCUCUCCGUCUCGCUGUCACAGUUCCCUCUCAAUAAACGCCGGUCACAGUUGUAA